CUUAUGUUAUGGAAGUGCUGACAUUCCAAAGUUAUUAUGAUCGAUUAUUAUUACCUUAACUUCAAUUCUAACUUCUUGUUUGUUGUAGCUCUUUGAACCAUGCCUUCUUUGUCGGUAAAUUUGAUUAGCAAAGCUGUUGAAAGGGAAAGAUAAGGCUUGUACUUCUUCCUGUGGAUUAGGAGGAACCUCGUGUUUUGUCGGACGGACGAUGAACUAACGCUAGCCCUCUUCCCAAAAAAAAAAACAGAUGGCGUUCCUGUAAACUCCUCCGGUGCUUCCAUUUCCGGCCACGCCGUUCUCAAAACGAUGCUGAGAGCUUCACCGCUGUGUUCUUCUACCUCUUUCUCUCAUUAUUUUCCAAAUAUAUCCAUUCUUAAUCGAUGCACUCAGCUUUUCCGGAGACGUCUUCCUCUUACUUGCAAUGGUUCGGCUUCCUUGAUUCUUCAGCUGCCCUUGUACCAUCUCCAUUGUUUCGCGCUUCCGCAUCCUUCCCGCCGAAGAGUUGCUACUUCUGAGAUUUUUGAAACUGUGGAGGCUCCGUCGGGAUUUGUUGAAAUUGGUUACAUAUCCAAUGUUCAUGGGACUGAUGGGGAAGUCCGCGUGAAACCUACUACUGAUUUUCCUGAACUGCGAUUCUCAACGCCUGGCACAAGGUGGUUGAAGCAGAAAGUUUCAGGAAGGGAAGAAAUCCGAGAAGUUGAUCUUGAAAAUGGUAGGGAACAUCCUGGUCGAAAGAGUUGGAUCUUGAAGUUUAUAGGAGUUGAUACUGCAGAUCAGGCCAAGCUACUCAUUGGAUCAACUCUUCUAGUGAAUGAAGAAGACCGACCAGAGUUAGAAGAAGGUGAAUUUUAUUCACGUGAUCUUGUUGGCAUGAGUGUUAUUAUGAAGGAAACUGGUCAAUCUCUGGGAACUGUUGUUAACGUAUAUGACUUUGGAGCACAAGAUCUUUUACAUGUCAUGCUUAAUUGUUCCGAAGGUAUUCUUGAUACCUCUGGAAAUCCAACAUCAAUUGAGACUGGACUAUCGGGUCACCUCGUUUGGAUACCUUUUGUCGAAGCAAUUGUUCCUAUUGUUGAUCUCCAAAGACGAGAAAUCAAAAUUACACCUCCAAAAGGACUUCUGGAAUUAAAUUUUCGAUCUGACAAGAGAUCGAAGAAAGAACGACGCCAACUUGAAUGGAAAGAAAGGAAAAAGUUCCAAAAACAUCUUGUAGCUGCAAAAAAGGAGCUGUCUGAAAUGGAACAGAAGCACGUAUUUGAUGGUUUCAAAUUUGGAGAAAAAGCACAGGGAAAGUUACUUGCCGAUCAAAUAGUUGGAAUCAAUUCCAAGUUGCUGCAAAAAGCUUUACAAGAUAUUGAGAUUCCUACAAGAAGGUUGGCUGUUAAUGAGCUAUUUGAUGCCUCUAAAUUGGUAAAAGUACAAAAUACUUUGGGGAUAUCAGAUAGAUGUGUCAUUUCUGGAGCAAAUGAAGAGGAACUUGGUACACAUGCCAAUUUGCAGAAAACCGGACAUGAUCUCAUAUCUUCUGGAAAAACUGCUGUUAUCUUAGUUGUUAAUGAUGAGGGGUGGUACUCAGAUCUUGGUAUAGUCUGUGAUACUGCUGACCAUCCAGCAUCUUCUUCCCUUCCCGAUCUACUUUCUGAUGAUAGAAGGUUUGCAAAGAUUGAAGACCGGCCGUACGUGCCUCUGAUUUUGGUAUGCUCAGCUUCCACAAUUCAUUCAAUUGAAAAGCUUUUCGUGGACAAUGAUUACUUUGCCUUCGAUUCUGAAAAGAUCUGGUUUUUGAAAGAAGAGAGACUUCCAGUUGUUAGCAAUGUGGUUGAUGAAAAGAGCAAAUUCAAGAUUUUGAUGAAAUCACCCUGGGAAAUUCUACAAUCCCCAGUUGGUUCUGGAGGAGUCAUCAACUUGCUCUCAUCUCCCAACGUUUUGGGACGUCUCGCUGAACUUGGCAUGGAGUAUGUCGAGAUUUGCAGCAGCAGCCAUAGAAAUGCUGGGAUGAACUCUCUACUUCUUGGAUGUACUCAUUCCUGCGGUGCUAAUAUCGGGAUUCAGCUCCAUAAAGGUGACGCUGACUUUGAGAAAAGCUUUGAUUUGAUAUUCUCAAUGAACUUCAUAAGGAGAUUGAUGAAGCAAAUUGAUAAGCCUCAGUUCUAUGCCAUCCCCAAACCAAAUGCGCAUGUUGAGAAGGUUGAAAAAGAGUGGGUUGAGGUUAGCCCUUCCUCUCCUAACUCAUACCAUCUUUAUUCUUCAAUCUUUAGUUGCUUAGAUGAGUGUUCUUUUGAUGAAAUCUUUACGAUGGAAAAUUCUUAAAAGACCGUUGGUCAAUAUAUGAAAUGCCUCUUCUCAUUUUCUUUUUUAA